UUUGGCUAAAUGCGGGGCCCAAUCAUUCAUCUUGACCCGGUAUAGAUUGGCUUUCGAGAACACAAGAGAAGGGAAGAAGAAGAAGACCGUAGAAAGGGAAAAAAUUGCAACGAUGGCGUACGUCGAGAGAGGUGUUGUGAAGUCGAAAAGAACGAUAUGGAGGCUGAAAACCAUAACAGAUUUCUUCUGGGCCAUAGUUAACAUAAUUGGGGUGUUCUUCAUGACAAUGUUUUCUAUGGAGAAAUCAGAUGCAUAUAAGAACGGUUCAACUUCGGGCAAGAAAUGGGAUGGUGGUGGUCCAGGAGGCCCAGGAAGUGGCCCAUAUGGUGGAGGCGGAGGCCCCCGUGGUCCACCCCGUGGCAUAGACAAUGUCCGAGGAAUUGACCACAGUUCUUUGCCUGCCUGUGGCUCCUGCUGCGGUUAAAGAAAGGAGCUACAACUACCUUAAGGAGAAAAAUGGUUGUAUGUGUAGUAAUUAAUUUGUAGAUGGUUUGUUUUGUAUACAUGAAAAAUAAUAUCGCUUGCUCCCAUAUUGUGUUAACUACUUAAAAACAUAUUGCUGCUGCACGUUUAAAUUCUCUAUAUCGUACUUUGUUAUGUAUGCAACUACAG